AUGCCUGACUUUGAGAAGUUUGAUGGGAUCACGUGCCCUCGGACCCACAUCCGCAUGUAUUGCCAGUCAAUGACCGCUUAUGCUGACAAUGAGAAGUUGAUGAUGCAUUGCUUCCGGAGCAAUCUCACGGGGACAGCGGCUAGAUGGUUUUUUGUGGAUGGGACUCCAGUCAGAGUGAUUAAGAGAAGUGGUGGAUUGAGGUACCCUUCAAAACCAAUGUAUGUGAAAGGAAGCAUAUGGCAAGGACUUUGGGCAUUGCCUAAAGGUACGACGACGGAUUGGAGAAAAGCACCCUUCGCAGUCCAAUACCAAUCAUUUGACAUUGCUGGUUGCGUAGUCCCCCCAAAUGGAAACAUCAACUCUUGCCAGGCUAAGUCUAAAGGGAAUUGGUGGAAUCAGGAUGGGUUUGGGCAGCUAAGUCCUACUCAACAAAAACUUUAUAACAAUGUGAUGAAGAAUCUGUGUUAUAAUUAUUGUGUAGACCUGCCAAGAUACAAGGGAAAUGCUCCACCGGAAUGCCGCGGCCAAUUCAACCCAACUAUUGCAAAGCCGUGGUGUUGGGUUUAG